ACGGCGACAAGGCCGGUGGUGGCAAGCCAGAAGCCAAGCCCGGCAGGAAGCCACACGGAGCGGCGGCAGCGCCCACCGCUGGUCUCACUGGGGGACAUGCUGGUCACGGUCCUGUUUUCGAAGGAGCUGCGGUUCCCGUCGAGAAGUCCAGUUCCUGGUGGAAAACGCUGCGACACUUCUUCCGCCGGAAGCCCGAAGACGAAGAGAGCACGGAGGAGGAAGGAGUCCGCUAUCCCGAAAUGGACGAGGAGAUUAUCGAGGGCGCCGAAGACCUGGGAGCCGCCGGCGAAGUGGCUCACGAAUCCCGAAAGGGUGGAGCCGCUGGAGGCGCCUGCCGACGCUGCGGCUGCUCCCAAACAGUACAAGCUCAACGCUUGCCUGCUCAUCACUUCCGGUGCCGUCAUCUUCGUCGUCCUCUUGGCGGUCCUGUUGUCGGGCGACCUGUUCGACGACCUGGACAACAGCGUGCCCACCUUCAAUAUCGACCUGGGCAAAGUCGUUAACGUCUUGGACGACGUGGGCUUUCUUGGGGCCGGCAUGAACUCGUCGAUAAUGGGCAAGCCCGGCUCGUGGAGACCUCUACUGGAGAGACCGGCCAACGAUAGCCUCGUGCUGUUGCUGAGGGGGCUGGCGCCGGCCGUCCUUCGGUUUGCGGGUCACGAGACCGACCACUUCUACUUCGUAGAGGGAGACGAGGACGGGAAUUCUAGUCGCGGCGGAACGGACGAAGGGGGACUAGCCUCGCGAGGCAAUCGACAGUUCGUCGUUCAGCGCAGCCGUCUCCGCACUGCAAGCACAAACAGCCGCGAGCGGUUUCCUCUCAUGGGUUCCGAGUGGAUCGCCCUGAACCACUUCGUCGAACGCUGCGACUGGCGGCUGCUGUUCAGCCUGAACGCCCACCGACUCGAGGACGUGGAACCUUCGUCGCCCGUCUUCGGACGCUGGGACCUCCGGGACGCCGCCCUCCUGAUGCGCUUCAGCGAACGCCACAACCUCACCUCGAAGCUCAUGUGGCAGCUGGGAGAGGCCGUGGCCGAAAACUGGCCGGGCCCAGGUCCCAGCCCGUACGCGCUCGCCUGCGAGUACGAGGCCCUCCGCGACCUGGUCUCCUUCUACCCUGCGCCCCUGGUCGGACCCGGCGUGUCGACCCUGCGCAGUGCAGGACUGCGCUAUCUGGAACGCUUCAUCAAGGGCCGGGGCCGCUUCGUCGACGUCGUGUCCCUCAGGCACGUCCUCCACGACGCCUCCAACGUGACCGUCAAGGACCUCCUGGACCCGGCUGUCAUGGAACGCUUCGACUCGCAGCUACAGAGCGUGCAGGCCCUUGUAGAGACGGCAGCGCCUCGAAUCACGAGGAUCUGGCUGACGUCUCUCUCCACGACUCCCGGUUACGUCGAGGGCGUCUCGGGAACCUUCGCGUCCAUGCUGGCCUGGACGGAGCCUUCGGCGCAGCUUCCAAGAGGGGCGUCGCGGCGGUACUCAGAGACUCUCUACUUGGAACAACGGCCGAAUCCAUGAUCGUUGCCAAGAACGAAGCUGGCGAAGGAGCCAAGCCCACGGCCGACUACUGGGUGUCGCUUCUGCUCGCCAAGCACGUCGGCCAGAAAGUCCUGACCAUCGAUGGGCCCAAGCUCAAGGAUCCCGCUACUCGCAUCUACGUCCACUGCGCCCGUAACUACCCGGGUGGCCUGGCCCUGUACGGCGUUCGGCUCGCCGACACCGGCGCCAAGCUGAAGAAGUCCGGAUCUCGGAGGCAGUGGGAGCAACAGCUUCGCUGGGUUCUCACGCCGGCCUCGGAUGUCGGAGGCUCCGAGGUGUACCUGAAUGGCGAGACCCUGUCCUGGUCCAGCGGCGACGAAACCGACCCUCCGGAUCCUAAGCCCGAAGAACUGUGGUACACCAUUAUCAGCCUGCCGGCCUGGUCGAUGGGCUUGUUCGUGUUUCCCAAUAUCAAAGCGAAGGCUUGCUACGACGACUGGACUCCAUAAAUUCUUUUGUUCUGGCGAGAAAAGGUGCAACAAGAACGUUCCGCCUA